UGGGUCGCUGUGCCUUGCCCUGGCCCCCUUGUCCAUGGCUAGCCAUGGCUUUGCUGAACGCUAGAGCUCGCGUCCAAGACGGCGAUGGCGUCCAAGGAUCCAGAGGCUUUUGAGGUGCAACAUCAAUUCCAUUUCAGGUAUGAUCGAAGGUUAUCCUGCUUCUCGAACGCAGUGAGCUGCUUGAACUUCACUGGCGAUGGGCAGUACUUGGUCUCCGGCACGGGGUCGGGUGAUAUCAAGGUGUGGGACAGCACCACCUGGGCUGAAGCUGCCAAGCUGAAGAGUGGCCGUCGGGCCGAACCGAAGGAAGUGGCGAUUAGUCCUUCCCAGCGCUGGGUGGUGGUCUGCUAUAGUGCCAUGCUGCAGAUCUUCCAGUGUGGCGCCCCCUGGAAGUUGGUCCAGUCCCGCCCCGUCGAGGGGCCCAAGGACAAGGAGCCGGAAUGGUGCUGUGUGGCCUUCUCUCCGAUGUUGGAAGUGGACCACCCGCAUGGACAGGCUGGCCAGGACAAUCAUUUGGCGGCCUUUAGCAACUGUCACAUCUCGCUGAUGGACUACUCGGGUGGUUGGUCCGAGGACGUGCCGCAGAGGACUCGAUCGCUCAUGGGAACCUCCUGGCCAUCCAGCCUCUCCUACACGGGUGAUGGCUAUUUCAUCAUUUGUGGCUUCUCAAAUGGACAGAUGCAGAUUUGGAACGCCUUCUCCCUCUCCUUGGAGAAGACCUUGAACGGCCACGAGGCCGCCGUGACGUCCAUCGCCGCCUCCCCGCCGCAGUCGCCCUACGACCCUCGCUUGGUCUCCUGCAGCAAGGAUCAGUGCCUACGCGUCUGGCACGUCAACACCUGGCUCUUAGAGCAGCACGUGCAUGAGCUGCGCUGCGACCGAGGGGGCUUGCGCUGUUGCAACUUCUCUGCCACGGGCACCUGGCUGGUGGCCGUGGGCUCGGAGUUGGUCGUCUGGCGCGUUUGCGUGUCAGCCAGGACCAAGAAGUUUGACCUGCAACUCCACCAACGCCUUGAGGCAGUCUGUGGCUCAGAGUCCAUCCGGACGGCCACCUUUAGUAGCCAGUCUGACGUGAUCGCAGUGGGAUCCCAUGAUGGGAUUUUGGGGCUCUGGCGCAAGCACCAGGGUUUACCACCUUUGCCGGAGCAGCUGCCGGCUCCGAGCGACCGGACGGCCGCCAGCGACGGCGCGGCGCGCGCGUCAGGGGCACAGGCCGAGAGCACGACGCCCAUGUCGAAGUUGAGCCGUCCACUGCAGCGCAUCACACCUCAGGGCGUUAAGCCUUUGAACCAGAAGCCUCCUGAGCAGCCACAGCGGACCAGGCCAAGCUUUGCCAGCCGGCCAAGCCGCGGCUCUGUCCAAGGCUUAAGUCCGGUGGCGCUGGGUGGGCGGCUUUCGCUCCAGGGCACGGACCUGGCGAUGAUGGCCGCUGUGCGCAGUGACCCUGAGAGUCCUCCAGAAGUACGGCAGCCGCGACGGCAAACCUGCAAGACCAGCACUCUUCUGGGUGGAUGGCAACCAGCCUGCCUUGAUGAGGUCUUCUCUGGGGUGAAAGGUGUGGAAUCAGCAGGCCUCUUGGCCAACGCAGAGAGGGUGGUGAACAAGGCGCCGAACCGCGAGCUCAUGGCUCGAGCGCGGGGGUUGGUGAAGCGCAUUGCCUUAGACCCCAAGAUCAUCACCAACGAAUCCAACGGCUCCGGCGCCUAGUCUGGAGUCCCUUUCUACAGCAGCUUCGUGGCGGUCCGUGGUGGCCCGCGGUCUGUCGAAGAUGGAGGGAUCCGAGGACCAUGUGGA